AUGCCGUCAUCGUUGAAAUUCUCAGUUGAACAAUUAAUCAGUUCACACCGACCAAAUCGACACGUGCAGAUUUGCACUAACUGGCCCAGUUCAAGUAAAAAUUCUCAAAUUGCUACUCUAUCAUAUCCUAAAUUAUCACUACUUACCGAUAAUACGAGCACUGGUAGCGGCGCUGAUGACAAUAAUGAUGAUAAUGAUAAUGAAAACGAAAGUAACACUUCAGCAUUUAUCACUACUACCUACCCCAAACUAUCAUCUGCCCGAUUGCAAACUUUGUCAUAUAUUCCAGAAUUUUCAACUCGAUACAAUGAUCUUACGAAGCAUAUUGAAGAAUUAUCUCAAGCAUCAGAUGAAUGCUUGCCAGGAAAUAGUCGAGAAUCACCCAAAACAAAAAUUUAUUUUAAUACUUAUUUAAAUUCUCAACAAAUUACUGAUGCUAAUGAUGAAUAUAAUGGAAAUAAUGAUAAUGAUAAUAAUGACGAUAAUAAUAAUAACUAA